AUGAAGCUCUCCCUCAAGUUUCAAGAGAACCCCAACCACCAUAACCAAAACCAAAACCCAAAUCAAAACCCAAUCCUCAAAGCCAAAUUACCCAUUACCAUAUUCAGCCAACCUUUCAUCUCCACCACCACCACAUCCACCACCAGCUCCUCCUCAGACCUCUCCUUUUCACUCUCCACCAACUUUCCCUCUGGUCCUUCUCUCAAGCUCUCCUAUUUUCCUACCACCACUACUGUAUCCUCUCCUUUCUCUCUCUCCCUUAAGUCUGGCCUUGGCCUCUUUGGCUCUCCACACAACUCCCCUCUUGUCUUUUCUGCCAAUUUCUCCCUUUCCCCAACAAACGCUCCCAUCCCCACUUUCUCUCUCCAUUUCAAGCCCCAAUUGGGUCACUUUUCCCUUAAAAGAUCGACUUUUUCUGACCCUUCUUCUAAUCAGGUUUCUGGGUCUUCCUCCAAUGGUGGUAUUGAAGUGAAUUCUGGGUCUUACUCCAAUGGUGUGGUCAGUUUUGAUUCUGGGUCAUUUUCAAAUGGCAAGCUUGGAAGUGGGUUUGUGUCAGAGGAGUUAUCUGUUUGGCAGGAGCUGAAAUUGGAGCCUUGUAGUCGCAAAGAUGGAUUUACAAAUCCUAAAUCUUUGAAGAAUUGUGGGGUUGAUUUAAAUUCUGGAAUUGGGCUUGUGUCAGAGAGGCAAUUGGCUUUGAAGGAUAGUGGGAAAGAUGGGAUUUUGCAUGGAGUUGCUGUUAUGGCAAGAACGGUUUUUCCAGUGACCAAAAGGCUAACAGUGAAUAUGCGAUGGGGCGUGAAUUUUCCAGCUGAUUUGAGAAAGACAAUGCCUUACUUGAGUGUGAAUAAGAUUGGUAUAGAAAGGGUUGAGGAGGUGAAGGAGGUAGUGAAGAACAGUGGUGAGAACAAUGUAGGUGAUUUGGAAUUGUUGAAGGGAAUGUGCUUUUGGACGAGAAGGGAUUUGGAAUCUUUGGAGAAGGAAAAUAGAGAGAUGAAGCAGAGUUUGGAGGAGAUGAGAUUGGGAAUUUCUGUGAAAAAUUUCCAUGGAGAGAGUGAUGUUAUCGGAAAGAAGGUGUUGCCACCUACUAGUGAGAGUUCUAGCGAGUUUGAGCGGUGGAGGAGCAAGAAGAGUGGCGGAGAAGAGAAUGGACAAAGGGAAUCAAAGAAGUCCACAAACCGGGUGAGUGAUGUAGAAUCUGAAUUGCAGAGGGCGAUAAAGGCGGCUUCCUUGUAG